AUGGAGCGGUUUCCACUCAAAUCAUCUGUACCAAAAAUGGGCACAACAUAUCAGUCUGUCUACAAAAAGGGUGCAAAUACAAACAACGGACGCGGCGGUCACACUUCAACAGAGGAUGACAUGGUAGACAUUACGCCGGGGCCGCAUCGAGCGGCCGAAACAUCCACGCCUACGAAUCACGGAACUUUUCAGCUCUACGAACAUAGCGGCAGGAAUAGCAACGCCAGCGCUAAUUCGUACAUCGCUCAGUACUUCAGCUCAUCAGCCGGGGACGCAGUUAUAUUCUCAGGAAUGCAAGGCGACACAGACGACAUCCCCGGGAUCGGGCAAUAUGACGACUUCCACACGAUCGAUUGGCAAAGGGAUAUAGCGCGCGAUCGGAUGCGCCAUAGGCACAUAGUGAAAAAACGCCAAGACUCUAUCUGGGAUCUCAUAAAAGGUGCACACGACGCGUGGUCGGGAUGGGUGUGUGUCCUCCUAGUCGGUGUCUGUACCGGUGUCGUCGCCGGUGUCAUAGACAUUGGAGCCUCCUGGAUGACGGAUUUGAAGUUCGGGAUCUGUCCCCAAGCGUUCUGGUUCAACAGGGAACAGUGCUGCUGGUCAAACGACGAGAUCACUUUCGACCAUGGGAAUUGCUCGCAAUGGAUGACCUGGCCACAAUUAUUCGGCGAGUCGCGAGACGGUCCCGGAGCGUAUAUAAUCAGCUACCUAUUCUAUAUCAUAUGGGCCCUGCUUUUCGCCGCCCUUUCCGCUUCACUCGUGAGAAUGUUCGCGCCCUACGCGUGUGGAUCAGGUAUUCCCGAAAUUAAGACGAUUCUCAGCGGUUUCAUUAUUAGAGGCUACUUGGGAAAGUGGACGCUAAUCAUCAAGGUCGUCGGUCUGAUAUUGUCGGUCUCAUCUGGACUGUCCCUUGGGAAGGAAGGCCCUAUGGUCCACAUUGCUAGUUGCUUGGGUAACAUUCUAUCCUACCUAUUUCCCAAGUACGGGCGCAAUGAGGCGAAGAAGCGUGAGAUACUGUCGGCCGCCGCGGCCGCGGGCGUAUCCGUCGCUUUCGGGGCGCCCAUCGGUGGGGUGCUCUUCAGCCUUGAAGAGGUCUCCUACUACUUCCCAUUGAAGACACUAUGGCGUUCUUUCUUUUGCGCCUUGAUCGCGGCUUUUAUCCUCCGCUCGAUCAAUCCCUUCGGUAACGAGCACUCGGUACUGUUCUUCGUGGAGUACAAUAAGCCUUGGAUCUUCUUUGAGCUGAUACCUUUCUUGGGAUUGGGUAUAAUUGGUGGCUGCAUAGCAACAAUAUUCAUCAAAGCAAACAUAUAUUGGUGCCGGUACCGCAAGUACUCCAAGUUGGGCCAAUACCCGGUGACGGAGGUGCUGGUGGUGACCCUGGUUACCGCCAUCAUAGCCUACCCGAACCCGUACACACGUAUGAACACCAGCCAGCUGAUAUACCUACUGUUCAACCAGUGCGGCAUCUCCAAUACUGAUCCUCUGUGCGACUACAACCGUAACUUCACCCACGUGAACUCGGCCAUAGAGAAGGCUGCUGCCGGUCCUGAAGUGUACCACGCGAUCUGGUUGCUGUUCCUCGCCCUGGUGUUGAAGUUGGUCAUGACGGUGUUCACCUUCGGCAUAAAGGUCCCCUGCGGACUGUUCAUACCCAGCUUGGCCCUGGGAGCCAUCGCUGGGAGGAUCGUUGGGAUUGGUGUGGAGCAGCUGGCGUACAACUACCCGAAGAUAUGGCUGUUCUCAGGCGAGUGCUCGACUGGUGACGACUGCAUCACGCCCGGCCUGUACGCCAUGGUGGGCGCGGCGGCCGUGCUCGGCGGCGUCACCAGGAUGACUGUUUCCCUCGUGGUGAUAAUGUUCGAACUGACUGGCGGAGUGCGCUACAUAGUGCCCCUAAUGGCUGCGGCAAUGGCGUCCAAGUGGGUGGGAGAUGCUCUGGGGAGACAGGGGAUAUAUGAUGCUCACAUUGCCCUCAACGGAUACCCCUUCCUGGACAGCAAGGAUGAGUUCCAGCAUACCUCCCUGGCAGCUGAUGUUAUGCAACCUAAACGCAACGAGACCCUCUCGGUGAUCACCCAGGACUCGAUGACGGUGGACGAUGUGGAGACACUCUUAAAGGAAACUGAACAUAAUGGCUACCCGGUGGUUGUUUCAAAGGAAUCCCAGUACCUCGUUGGCUUUGUUCUCCGCAGGGAUCUUAACUUGGCUAUUGCUAACGCCCGUCGCACAAUGGAGGGCAUCACCGGCCAGUCGACGGUGAUAUUCGCGGGCCCCAUACAGCCGCAGCCCGGGCCCCCCUGCCUGCCACUCAACCGCAUACUUGACAUGGCCCCCAUAACAGUGACAGAUCAAACCCCCAUGGAGACGGUGGUCGACAUGUUCAGGAAACUUGGCUUGAGGCAGACCCUUGUUACGCAUAAUGGACGCUUACUUGGUGUUAUCACGAAGAAGGAUGUACUGAGGCAUGUCAAGCAAAUGGACAAUGAGGAUCCCAACUCCGUACUGUUCAAC